AUGAUGAGAACGCGAAGCAAUAACAACAUAUCGGACACAGGAGGUGAAGCACUAGCAGAAGCACUGAAAGUAAACAACACUCUCGCUAAACUUAAUCUUGGAUGGAACCGAAUAUCGGAUAGAGGAGGUGAAGCACUAGCAGAAGCACUGAAAGUAAACAAAACUCUUACUCAGCUUGAUCUCUAUGGGAACCAAAUAUCCGAGCGAGGAGGUGGAGCACUAGCAGCAGCACUGGAAGUAAACAACACUCUCACUAAACUUAAUCUUGUAUGGAACCAAAUAUCGGAUAGAGGAGGUGGAGCACUAGCAAAAGCACUAAAAGUAAACAACGCUCUCACUAGACUUGAUCUUAGCAAUAACGACAUAUCGGACAGAGGAGGUGAAGCACUAGCAGAAGCCCUGAAAGUAAACAACACUCUCACUAAACUUCAUCUUGGAUGGAACCGAAUAUCCGAGAGAGGAGUUGAAGCAGUAGCAGAAGCACUGAAAGUAAACAAAACUCUUACUCAACUUGAUCUCUAUGGGAACCAAAUAUCCGAGCGAGGAGGUGGAGCACUAGCAGAAGCACUGAAAGCACAGUAUCUACUAUCAGGAUCCAGUAUUAUUUGGUCCUCAUCGAAGAGGUAUGCAGACGCUAAUAUAGCACGAUUUUUGAUUACAACAACAUGUUUACCAAAGUUAAUGAGACUUUUUCGAAUUUUGGAUCCUGCUGCUGUUAAUGCAUUUUCAAUCUCUGAUGUUAUUAUUUCAACGUGA